AUGGAACAACCAUUUUCUGCAACACUAUUAUCAAUACCACAAUUAAAAUUAAAAAACACAAGCCGGAUAUUUCUGCGAAAACCAAAAACGAUUCCCGAAGAACUAUGCAAAAUAUUUUUCACAUCCCUCGAAUCAUACGAAAGCGAGAACAAAAUUGUUCAACAUCUCCGUGACUUCAUCAGCAUAAAUAAAAAGCGUAUAUCGUCAACCGAUGAAUUCGUCGAAACGAUAAAAAGAUUCGCCAAAACAAAAUACAAAUAUCGACCGAUACUUGCAAUCUUUUAUCGAUAUCGCAUUUGUGUGGACGAAAUCAAUGACGUUGAAGCUUUUUAUUGGUACGAUAUGUGGAAUCGGGCAAAGCAAGAUUCCCAUUCACAGAAUGCAUUGGGGGUGUGCUAUCGAGACGCGAUUGGAACUAAACAAAAUUUUUAUUUAGCGUUUCUGUAUUUUCAGAAAGCUGCGGAAUAUAGAAAUCCUAAAGCGCAAUUGAAUUUGGCAAAUUGUUAUCUUAACGCUCAAGGGACAUUACUGGAUUUAUCGAAAUAUCUUUGUUGGUGUGAGAAAUCUGCGAAAUCUGGGUAUUCUGAAGGUCAAUUCCAAUACGCCAAUUUUCAUCGGGACGAUUUAUCAACACCUAAUCAUUACACUAAAGCUUUUCAUUGGUACGAAAAAGCCGCGAAACAAGGUCACAUAAAGGCUACAGUUCAACUUGGAAUAUGUUAUUCAUCCAAUCUAUGCGUCGAAAUAAAUCACGAAAAAGCAUUAGCCUGCUACAAAAUAUCCGCAGCAUCUCAUGACUCUGAAGCACAAGUCCUUCUUGCAAAAGCGUACAAUAGCGGAAAUGGAACACUUCGAGAUGUGAAAUCAGCCUUCGAGUGGUAUCGAAAAGCUGCCGACGCCGGGAACUUGACCGGAAUUUAUAAUGUUGGACAUUGCUAUCAUACAGGAGCCGGUACUCGUCGAGACGUCAAUGAGGCGUUUCGAUGUUUUCGUAAAUCAGUUGAAGAAGGCGAAAAAGAAGAAUGGAUUGCUUUUGCACAGUAUGCCAUGGGAAAUUGUUUUCAUUAUGGUUGGGGAACGAAAAAAGAUUUACAUUUGGCUGCUAAGUGGUAUCGAUUGGCUAUUGACAAUGGAAAUAAGUAUGCGUCAAAGCAGUUGUGGUUUGUUUUUACGGGACGAUGA